AUGAAAACCAUUAUUAUUUCAGAUUUUGAUGAAACAAUCACAAGAGUUGACACAAUCUGCACCAUUGCUAAAUUACCGUAUCUACUGAACCCGCGGUUGAAACCUGAGUGGGGUCAUUUUACCAAGACAUAUAUGGACGGAUACCAUAAAUACAAAUACAAUGGAACGAGAUCACUGCCGUUGUUAUCUUCAGGCGUACCUACGAUAAUUUCGCAGUCUAACUUCAAUAAGUUGUUUGCGGACGAAUUAAAAUAUCAAAAUCAUAACAGGGUUGUUGAGUUAAAUAGUGUAAAUGAAAUUACAAAACAACAGAUUUUUAAGUCGAUUUCUUUGGAUCAAAUGAAAACGUUCGCCAGAGAUCAGAAUCACGAAGAUUGUUUACUAAGAGAUGGUUUCAAAACGUUUUGCUCUUCAGUUGUCAAAAAUUUUGAAAGUGAUUUUUACGUUUUAUCUAUAAAUUGGUCAAAAGAGUUUAUUCAUGAAGUCAUUGGUGACAGAAGACUUAAAAAUAGUCAUAUUUUUUGUAACGAUCUAAAAAAAGUUAGUGACAAGUGUUCUCAAAGCUACAAUGGUGAAUUUGAUUGUCGGUUAUUGACAGGCUCUGAUAAGGUCAAGAUACUGGGUGAAAUAUUAGAUAAGAUCGACUCAGGUUGCAAUAAAGAAGGAAAUUCUUGCAGCUAUUGGUAUAUAGGGGAUAGUGAGACUGACUUGUUGUCCAUAUUACAUCCAUCUACUAAUGGUGUACUGCUAAUAAACCCGCAAGAAAAUCCUUCCAAAUUCAUAAAAAUUACCGAAAAGAUUAUUGGUAUCCCAAAGGAUAAAAUCUCGAGUUUUGAAGCUGAUAAUGGUCCAGCGUGGUUACAGUUUUGUGAAAAGGAAGGCGGUAAAGGUGCCUACCUUGUGAAAUCCUGGGACUCUUUAAAAGAUUUGAUCAUGCAGGUAACAAAAAUGUAG